AUGCCUUCUGAGCCGUCGGAUUCUAGCCAGCCGUCAGAUCCCAGCCGUUCACCUGACCCCACUCAUUCUGGAGGGGGUUUGUUUGAGGGAAACUGGAGCGCCAACCUCAAGAAGCCUCUUCAGCUGUUCUUUCAGUGCAUCCGCUCCAAACCAGGGCGAUUAAUCCCUUCACGGCAUGCUCUCUCGUGUGUGCGUCUGGAAAGGGGCGGAUCAAGUGGAGCAGUGGAAAGGGCACCUGGAGGAAGAGGGACAGUGGGAGUUAGAGGAGAACCAGGGGGUGCAGGAGCCGUUGCUGCUGCUGCUGCUGUGACAAUUGCUUCCCGCGCACGAUUUCACCCAGUUGCGAGCCCGUCCCUGGGGGGAAGGGCCUUUCCUCUGCUGCUUGCAGGCAGCAUGCGGGGGGGACAGGCGGAACUGAGGAGGGGGUGUAGUAGGUACAGACGGAAUGGCACUGUUGCUUGGGCAGUGGGUCGAGGCAGAUCAGCUAAGAAGGAGGAAUUGUCGUGGGGGAGUGUGGAAGAGGUGAUUGUAGGGGACGUGGGUGGAUCAGAGGAAGCUAAACGGGACGUGAGUUCAGAAGAGACAGGUGAGGGUGUGAGUGUAAAGGACGUGAGUGCAGAGAAGACAGUGAACGGGGUGACUGUUGGGGACGUGAUUUUAGAACGGACAGUUGAAGAGGUGACUGUAGAGGUUGUGAGCGACGAGAGUAGCAGCAGUAGCUUAACAGAAGGCGCUCAAGCUUCAGACGUGACUGUUUUGGAGGAGGAGGCACAAGUUAUGGUGGCAGGGCGGGUAGCUUCAGAGAUUACUGUAGGGGAUAUGAGCGAAGGGAGUAGCAGCAGUAGCUUAACAGAAGGCAGUCGGGCUUCAGAUGUGACUGUUUUGGAGGAGGGGACAGUUAUGGUGACAGGGCGGGGAGCUUCAGAGGUUACUGUUUGGAAAGAGGAGGCAAAAGCACUGGUGGCUGUACAAAACGCAUCAGAGUUGACUGUUUGGAAGGAGGAGGCAAAAACAGCAAUCAUACAGCAGGGAGCAUUGGAGGAGGCUCAGGCAGCGGUGAUAGAGCAGAGAGGACUGGAAGAACACCAAACGGCGGUGAUAAAGCAGAGAGCAUCAGAGCUGAUUGUUUGGGAAGAGGAGGCAGCAGCACCGGUGAUCGAUCAGAGAACAUGGGAGAAACAUCUGGCAGCGGUGGAGGAAGCGGUGAUUGGUCUGCACGACACCGAAGAGGCCUUCGAGUCGAUUCACACAGUGAUAAGUUCAGUCAAGCCUUUUGAACCGACGCCAACACCUGAGGCUGAGACAGCUUUGGUGGGUCAGCAGCAGGGCAUUCAGGAUCUUUCUGAGGUGUCUCAAACAUGGAAUGGGGGGCAGCAGCCCUGGCAACCGCAGCAGCAGCUGAAGAUGAAGUGGCAAGUGCACAGAGAGCAGCAAGAGCAGAAGGUGGGAGCGGAGGCAGCGGUGUUUGGUAUGAGUGAGCAGGGAGGGAAUAAGGGGGGAGCAGAGUCAGCAGUGUCUGAUGUGAGUGAGCAGCAAGAGCAGAAAGGGGGAGCAGAGGCAACUGCGCUUCAGGAGCAGGUGAGGCUUCAGGAGCAGGUGAGGCUUCAGGAGCAGGUGAGGCUUCAGGAGCAGGUGAGGCUUCAGGAGCAGGUGAGGCUUCAGGAGCAGGUGAGGCUUCAGGAGCAGGUGAGGCUUCAGGAGCAGGUGAGGCUUCAGGAGCAGGUGAGGCUUCAGGAGCAGGUGAGGCUUCAGGAGCAGGUGAGGCUUCAGGAGCAGGUGAGGCUUCAGGAGCAGGUGAGGCUUCGCCUCGCCCGGCUGGAGAUGCUCGCUGAGAGAUGCAGAGCCUUCCACCAGUACCUUGAGUCGCUGCACGAGAGGAUGACACGUCGACAGCUGAGUGCCUCUCUGGAAGUGCAGCAGGUGGUGGGAUGGGCCGGAGUGAACUACGACAUUCUGCCGCGUGACGUGCGCAGGCAGCGCCUGGAACCGAUCUCCCAGGCUCUCGGGUACUCGGACACGCAACAUCUGCUGGAGCACUACAGGGCCGUUGAUGACGCCAUGAGCGGAUUGGAGAGUUUCGGGCACAGCGGAGGGGAGGAGGAGAGCGUGAGCUUUGAGUCGACUCAAACCACGCAGCAUCUGGUGGCGCACCACCGGGCUGUUGAUGAGGCGAUGAGAGGAUUGGAGAGUGAGGAGAUUUGGGAGCAUAGCAGAGAGGAGAGCAUGGGUUUUGAGUCGAGUCAAAACACGCAGCAUGUGUGGGAGGAGCGCCACAGGGCCUCUGUGGAGGCACUGGGAUGGGAGAGUGAGGAGAUGGUGGGGCAUAGCGGAGGCGAGAGCAUGGAGCGGGCGGUGUGGGGAGGAGGAGAUGUGCAGAGUGACAGAGUGGGAGCGGGCUGGAGUGGCUCUAGGGAAUCAGAGUUGGGGAAAGCAGGCGAAGCAGAUCCUUUAGUGCAGCAGCGGUUCGGUACUGCUCAGUCAAGUAAAAACACUGCUGCGGAGGAGCCGAACGGGAGUCAAACUGGCGCCAGCUUGACUUUUGAGAGCAGCAGUGGCUCCUCUCAAUCCCGAAACUCGCAUUCAUCAGCGCAGAAGCCGUUUGAUUCCACUCAGUCUAAUGGGGAGCCACACUGGAGCCAAGCAGGAGCCAAACCGCACUCCCCGCAGCGCUCUCAGUCCACUCCCACCUCCCCUUCCUCUCCGUCUGCUCCUGCUGCCGAUCCUGCCCAUUCUGUCCGUUCUGUUUAUUCUGCUCCGUCUGCUGAUUCUCCUCCUGUGCAGUCGGAGUGGCAACGACGUGCCACUGCCAUGCGUGCUGCUGCUGCUCUAGCCCGUGCUGCCACACCCGCCACCACCACUCCCCCCACCACUGCCACCAACCCUACCACGCCUGCCACCUCUGCCACUCCUCAUCCGUCCUCUCACCCUCCAGUCCUUCCUUCCACACCUCCUCCCUCUGUUUCCCCUGCUUCUCUCCCUUCUUCUGCUCCUCCCGUCUCCGUCUCUAGUCAUCCCAGUCCUUCCCAUUCCCACGCACGAGCGCCGUCCGCUCCCUCCUGGCCUGCAGACACGCACAGCCCAUGGUCCCCCUGGAACCAUCAGGGCACUUUUGAGAAUUCUCAAAGGUCCCCCUGGAAUCAUCGGGGCACUAGCACUCAGCAACAAACACCGCGAGUCUUCACUGCGAGGCACGAGGCAAUCCAAGCCAGCAGUGUGUUUGAGUCGAUUAAAACAGAGCAAGAAACAACGCCGCUUGCUUCCACCACAACUAUGAGGCAGGAUGCAAUUCGAGCCAGCAGUGUAGGGCAGGGAGCAGGCCAUGUUAUGGCACACCAGGUAGAGUGGUCCUCCCUGAGAGAGGGUCACAGGGUGGGUCACCAUUCCGAAGCUGAUUCCGCGACGCAUCCUGCCGUGGCUGCCCUGCUGACUCGGUGGCGCCAGACCCAUUUUGGCUCGGUCUGCUUCGAGGACCGGCCGGAGCUGAAGCUCCCGAGCCUGGUUCGAAUUGCUGUUGGGGCGGAGACCCGGGAAGGAGGUUUGGGGGUUGUGGCUGUGGUGCAGGGAGGAGAGGAGGGGAGGAUGGGAGAGGAAGGUGGUGGUGUGAGUGGUUUGAGGGGGUUUGGAGGGGCUGAUUUGGAGGACAGUGAUUGCGUAGAGGGAAGGGAGGAUGGGGAGGAGGUGGAGGAAGAGGAAGGAGAAGAGGAGGAAGGGGGGUAUGAAGAUUUAGAUGUGGUGGGCAGCGAGCAGGAGGAGGAAGAAACCCUUGACGCAUUUUUACAGGAGGAGGAGGGGUUGGGGUUUAGGAUGGUAAAAGAGGAAGAGGAGGAGAGCAGUGAUGUUGCAGUGGUAGCUGUGGACGCAUGGGAGGCAGACAGCCUGGCGACAGCCACAGGCAGGGCGAAGCGGGGACGGAGGAAGAAGACAAUGGAAGCCAGUGGGGGGGCUUGGGAUACCCCAGGCACGAGAUCCGCCUCACAUGUAGAGAAUGCAGAAGAAGAGCCGGUCAUGCCGCUAGGUAGUCGCACAGCAGAUGUCAUGGUGGAUCGGGAUGCAUCGGCAGGUGGGGAUGCAGCGGCGGAUGGGGAUGCAGCAGAGCGUGCGGCAGGAGAGAUGGCAUGGCUGGACACGACUCUAGGGAGUGCAGACGGAGCAGCUGAAGCACCAGCCUCGCACGGCUGGGGAGCAGCAAUAGAGGAGCGAGUGAGCUGGCUGGAGACCCCGCUGAGGAGCCUGGCUCGGCGGAGUGGAGGCGUGUUGACGCCGGGGCAGAGGGAGAAGCUGGAGAAGGCGGGCAUGUGGACGGUGCGGCACCUGCUGGAGCAUUACCCUCACACGUACAAGGAUCUCACUCGUAGCAGAGAGGAUGUGAUGCGGGACGGGCAGGUGGCUGCUGUGGGCGUGGUGGAGAGCGUCAUUGUAAACGCAGCCAGAGGUGGCUCGUGUGCGGUGGCCGAGCUUCGAAUCCGCUGCAACCCACCUGACAGCGCCGCCACCACACGCAACACCAAUCACCCCACCAGCACCACAGCCAGCACCACAAGCAGCGGACCCAUAUUCAGCAACCCCAAAUCGACCAGCAGCAGUGGCAGCAGUGGCAACAGCGGUGGUGGGUUUGUGGUGACAGCGAAGCAGUUCCGUCCUGGGAGCUGGGCCCGUAAAGCUCUCUACGCCGCCUACCCCAAGGGCUGCCUCGUCUCUGUCACUGGCCAGGUGAGGACUGUACACGGGGAUGGGACGAUCGAGCUGGACAUGAACAGUGACAUUGUGAAGGUGGAUGCAGGCGCUAGCAGAGGGGACGGUGGUGCUGUGCCGGUGUAUUCAGCCAGGAAGGACAUGGACCCGCUCUCCCUGCGCGUCAUCCUGGAAAGUCUAAUCAAGCUCAUCCCUCAGGACAUGGAAUACCAUUCCCCCUCCCUCCGCGCACGCUACAACCUCCUCCCACUCCCCCUCGCCCUCGCCACCAUCCACUGCCCGUCCGACCGCGCUCUCGUUCCCCUUGCCCGGCGCCGCAUCGUCUUCGACGAGUUCUUCUUCUACCAGCUCCGCAUCCUGCUGCAGAGCCGGCGAAUUAAACUCUGCCACCUGGCAUCCGCAGCCGCAGCCGCAGCAGUGGCCUCCGGAGGGGGAGGAGGGGCCAUAGAAUGGACCCGCAGAGAUCUGACGGCCGACCAGUGGUCCCUGCUCACGCAGGAAAUUCUUUCCAGCCUGCCCUAUACUCUCACCGCCGGGCAGAUGCAGGCUGCCCGGGAAAUAAUAUCGGAUAUGAACUGGCCGGUGCCGAUGUCCAGGCUGCUGCAGGGGGAUGUGGGGUGUGGGAAAACGGUGGUGGCGCUACUGGCAUGUAUGGAGGCAGUGGCGCAUGGGUAUCAGGUGGCUGUGAUGGCUCCGACACAGUUUCUUGCUCAGCAGCACGUGGCACGGUUUGAACAGUGGCUCCAAGCGCUGCCGCCUGAUCGCCGCCCGAGGGUUUGCCUGCUGACUGCGAGUGUGAAGCGCACCAAGGCCCUGCGCCUGGACAUCAAGGAGGGCAGAGUGGCCAUCAUCAUCGGCACGCAUGCGCUCAUCGCCAGAGCCACGGCCUUCCACCGCCUAAACUGCUUUCUACUCGCCCUUCCAUCCCCCCACCCACCACCCCCCACCCCCCCCCCCCCGGGGCUCGCAACACCACGCCAGGACAUCAAGGAGGGCAGAGUGGCCAUCAUCAUCGGCACGCAUGCGCUCAUUGCCAGAGCCACGGCCUUCCACCGCCUGGGGCUGGCCAUUGUGGACGAGCAGCACCGCUUCGGGGUGAAGCAGCGGGCGAGACUGCACGAGAAGGUGGGCGGUGUGGUGUGGGCUGAGCCUGUGUGUCUGGGUUGGCUACGCUACUCUAGGACGGCCGUGUGUCCCUCUGUCUGCCUUCCACCGCCUGGGGCUGGCCACUGUGGACGAGCAGCACCACUUCGGGGUGAAGCAGCGGGCGAGACUGCACGAGAAGCCUUCCACCGCCUGGGGCUGGCCAUUGUGGACGAGCAACACCGCUUUGGAGUGAAGCAGCGGGCCAGGCUGCAUGAGAAGGUGGGAGAGCGUGCUGAGGGCCUUGACGCACUUCGACAGCUGCAGGAUGCCGGCGACAGGAGCGACACAGAAGAUGCUACUGAAUCUGGAACCGACACCUCCUCUUUCACCUCCCCCGCCACCCUCCCUCUUCUCUCUGAGCCUCACACCCUCACCAUGACGGCCACCCCCAUCCCGCGCUCCCUCGCCCUCGUGCUGCACGGCCAAACCGACAUCUCCCGGAUUGCUGAGCUGCCGCCCGGGCGCACGCCGGUGGAGACUCUUGUCUUUUAUGACCGGGACGGGAAGGGCGGCAGCAGCGGGGAGGAGAGCGAUUCAGAGGGUGAAGGGGGGGAGGAGAAAGAGAGGGCUGCGGCUUACAAGAUUCUUCGCGAGGAGGUGCAGUCGGGCGGGCGAGCAUUCAUCGUCUUCCCCAUCAUCGACGCCUCAGAGGAGCUCCCGGAAGUGCGGGCAGCCACGGAAGAAUUUCAGCUGCUGACCGAACCAGGCGGGCUGCUGGGCCGUGCAUUGAGCGGUGGAGGUAGUGCUGCUGCUGCCCGAGCGGAGCGUGCAGCUGCCCAAAAAGAUCGGCCUCGUCGUCGCAGUGAUUAUAGCCGAUAUGAGCUUUGUGCUAUUGAUAACUCCACUGAUGGUGCCUAUAACGGGUACGAUACAGACCAGUAUAACUGUGAGCUGGAUGCGAUGUAUGGUAGCCAGUCAGAUGAUGAAGACUACAGCUGUGAUGAGGAUGAGGAAGAAGAUGAGGAGGAGGAGGAGGAGGAUGAGAAGGAUGGUGAUGGUUCUGGGUCAGAGGGGACGGAAGUGCUGCGCUGUGGGCUCGUGCAUGGGCGUAUGGAACCGGAGGAGAAGGAGGGCGUCAUGCGCAGCUUCCAAGAAGGAUCCAUACAGGUGCUCGUGUGCACGACAGUGAUCGAAGUGGGGAUAGACAUUCCCGAGGCGACGGUGAUGCUGGUGGAGCAUGCGGAGCGCUACGGGCUGGCCCAGCUGCACCAGCUGAGGGGGCGCGUGGGGAGAGGCCAGCGCCCCUCGCGCUGCCUGCUGGUGGGCAGCAGUAAGGGCGCGCGGCACAAGCUGAAGCUUCUAGAGACAUCACACGACGGCAUGGAGCUGGCUCAGAUGGACCUCAAGAUGAGAGGGCCGGGGGAGCUGCUGGGGAGCAAGCAGUCGGGGCGGCUUCCGGGGUUCAACCUGGCUCGGCUGGACCGUGAUGUGGACAUUCUGAAUGAAGCCAUGCACGCUGCUGAGGUGCGUGGGGGUUGGAAGGCAGGGGCUGGACUUUUGGUUGAUCAGGGGAUGCUCAGUAUGACAGGCGAGGGGCGGGUAUCCCCCUGUGGGAUGCUACAAAAGGAGCCGGAGGAAGUGGUGCCAGGAGACGGCUUUUAA